AUGUAUUUGUGCAUACCAGGAUUUCAGGCACCUGAGGCUGGUCUGAAUAACUCUAUUGGGGCUGUACGCUGGACUCUGCCUGAUGAAGGACUUCAGGCGCACAAUUCAGCUCCCAGCAAGAGAAGCCAGAGCCCGAGACAAAAGGAUCUGAAGGAUCUCCGCAGCUUGCAGGAAUGUGUGAAGUUUAUCACUCAAUGGAAACAGCAGGUGGAACAUGUGUGCAAGCCUGGCAGCAAAGCAGACGAAGGCCAAAAUAUAUAUGUGAAUGCUGAGCCUCAGAGUCUGGAACGAUGUCGUAAACUGAUCCUUGACUGGGCACACGAGCUCAUGAAAGCUGACAUUUUGUUUAUGGAAAGCACAUGGCGACAAGACAGAGAUGCAUGCUGGGAGCAGAAAGAAAAAAAGCAUACAGAGCAGAGGAUCAUGGAAUGGGCUAAAGAGCUGCAGACUGUGUCAGAGCGCUUUGGAGUAAUGAGAGAGGAAUUAGUUCAAUUUCUGAGACAGCUGGAACUGAGGAAGAAGAAAAUUCGGACGUUGUUGCCUUUUCUGGAGUUCAUAACUUGGUCCAUCCUAAAGGCGGACAGCAAGGAUGUUGUUCCACAGCUGUGGCUCCUUAGCAAACAGCGCAUCUGGAAAACAGAAACACCAAAGUACAUUCCAAACUCAGUGUGGAGCUUGAUCUGCAGUGCAUCAGCCAAUAUCACAUUGGACCCCAUGACUAACCAUCCAUGGUUACAGCUGUCAGACGACAGGAAGAAGGUUCAGGAAGCUUUGAAUGAAACUGAAGUGUCGUUCAGUACUCAGCGCUUUGACAGCUGGCCUUGUGUUCUGGGCUGGGAGGGCUUCUCGUCCGGUUGUCACUAUUGGGAAGUGGAAAUUGCCAACAAUGGCUACUGGCGUAUCGGAGUGACCACCGCUUCCUCUAAAAGGCAUGGUCGAUUUUCAAUUAACCCUUCUGAGGGCUACUGGGCAAUUUGGAGAAGCACAAGGCAGUUUUAUGCAUGCACCAAACCAGAGACCCAGCUUCCACUGACACUUGUGCCAAGAAAACUGGGAGUCUACCUGGAUUAUGAAGAAGGACAGGUGUCUUUCUACAAUGUAGAGACACAGUCACAUAUAUUUACAUUCACUGCAAGUUUCAGUGAAAAGUUGUACCCGCUGUUUUCCCCACUGGAUGGACGCACACUUAUAACACUGACCAUACCAAAUGUUGCGACAGCAAUGUGGUAA